AUGCCCAAUAGAAUUCCAAGUUGGGUUUCUGAACGAAUCAUUCAAUAUGCAAAGAAUGAAAGGCCUACUGCUAUAAAGUUCUCUGAUAUGCUACGGUUUGGUGCAAAACCGAGACAAUCCGAACUCCUUGCAAGCUCGCAGUUCUUGUCGGACGAGAUACCAAUAAGGCUAGCUCAUCGUUAUGUUGAACUAGGGAAUCUGCCCUAUGGUAUUGGCGAACUCGAUGUAGUGAAGAAGAUUCGAAAUUGGUAUGCGGAGAGCUUCAAGGAGCUGGUCGAGUAUGGAGAAGAACUAGAGAUGAAGAGACUCAAUCCUGAUCAUGCUGGUCCUGGUGAGAAUACCGGUGGUCUCUUGUCGAGAAUGUUUAGCUCAAAAUCUGAAGGAAGCUUGCCACCACUCUCUGCCUGGGCGCUUGCGAAUGGUACUCCUGUACCUCAAGUUAAACGGCCCUACUUUGGUAGUAUAACGGAGCCACAUGUUUUGAAACAUGCUCACAAAUAUAAUGAACAUUUCGCCAUGAUUCUGAAAGGAAUAGUGGAACGGCAUAACCCAGCUGUACUGACAGUAGCUUUAGCAGUCCGUGAAUUGCGGACUACGCAUCCCCAAAUCUUUGAGCAGCCUGACGCUUUGCAAAAGUUUCUGGAUCGCUUCCAUGGGAAUAGGAUAGCAAUACGAAUAUUAAUAGGACAUCAUGCAUCACUAGCCCUUCAAAAAACCCAUCUGCCGAAUCACGUUGGCAUAGUGUCGACUAAAAUGGAUCCUGGAGCGGUGGCGUCUGAUGCAGCAGUAGAUGCAGCCGAGGUGUGUGAAGCUGCUCUGGGAGUGGCUCCACUUGUUGAAAUUAGGUGUCCUCCAGGUGGUUGCCCUGAAAUGACUUUUGUGCCUUCUCACCUACAUCAUGUGCUGUUUGAGGUGCUCAAGAAUGCAAUGAGGGCAGUGAUAGAGAAGGAAGAGAGGAGGGUCGGUGACGGAAAUGCGGAACGAUCCGAUAUGCCGCCGAUAAUAGUUACUAUAGAAAGUCCCACAGACCAACAGGUACAGAUACGGAUAUCAGAUCAGGGAAUUGGGAUACCUGCUCAAAAUCUUUCCAGGCUAUUCACGUAUGCCUUCACAACAGCCAAGCCGGUCAGAAUAGAUGAGCAUUUCAGUGGCGAUGAAGUCAACGCACCGCUAGCAGGCUUCGGUUAUGGGCUUCCACUGAGUCGAUUGUAUCUGAGCUACUUCACAGGCAACCUGUGGGUGGUUUCAAAAGAGAACGAAGGAACAGAAGUGACUCUGCUUCUACGUAAAAACUUUGAUGGCACAGAGUAUUUCGCACACUAA